UGUUAUUCUAAAAGGCCUUCCCCCAGGCUCAAAUUUUCCAGAAGGAGACCAUAAGAUUCAGUACACAGUUUAUGACAGAGCUGAGAACAAAGGCACUUGCAAAUUUCGAGUUAAAGUAAGAGUCAAACGUUGCGGUAAACUCAAUGCCCCAGAGAAUGGUUAUAUGAAAUGCUCCAGUGACGGCGAUAAUUAUGGAGCCACCUGUGAGUUCUCCUGCGUUGGUGGCUAUGAGCUCCAGGGUAGUCCUGCCCGAGUAUGUCAAUCCAACCUGGCUUGGUCUGGCACAGAACCCACAUGUGCAGCCAUGAAUGUCAAUGUGGGUGUCAGAACAGCAGCUGCACUUCUGGAUCAGUUUUAUGAGAAAAGAAGACUCCUCAUUGUGUCCACACCCACAGCCCGAAACCUCCUCUACCGGCUGCAGCUGGGAAUGCUGCAGCAAGCACAGUGUGGCCUGGAUCUUCGACACAUCACUGUGGUGGAGCUGGUGGGUGUGUUUCCAACCCUCAUCGGCAGGAUAAGAACAAAGAUCAUGCCUCCAGCCUUAGCUCUGCAGCUCAGGCUGUUGCUGCGAAUCCCACUCUACUCCUUCAGUAUGGUGCUAGUGGAUAAGCAUGGCAUGGACAAGGAGCGCUAUGUUUCCCUGGUGACACCUGUGGCCCUCUUCAACCUGAUUGACACUUUCCCCUUGAGAAAAGAGGAGAUGGUCCUGCAAAGCGAAAUGGGCCAGACCUGUAACACCUGAUGUGAUGGGUCCUCGCUCAGUGGUUCCUUUUCUUUUUCUACAUAGUGUCCUGCACAUGGGAAGGCCUUAAAAAUAUCCUUGAUGUACAGAUUUUUAUUUGUAAUUUUUAAAGUCUAUUUUAUUAUGAGCUUUCUUUGCACUUAAAAAUUAGCACAAUGCUUUUUGUACUUUGAAGUGUUUCAAAAAAUAUAUGGAUAUUUUUACUCUUUAUAACUUUCUUUACUGCAUCAUGGCUGGUUAGUUUUGUAGAGAAAUUGGAAACCACAGCCACACAUGUUCUUUUAAUAUGUUAUUCAGUGUGACAGAUAACUCUUUUUCUAUUUUGUUGUUUAUAUAAGACUUUUAUUAAUAAAAUAUUUUGGAGCAAA